AUGGAGAGCUCAAAUACUACUAGAAAUUUCACACCCAUUGAUGCCUGCUUAUGGGAGGCGGCAGCAAAAGGCAACCUUGAUCCCUUCAAGGAGUCUGAUGUCCCUCUUGAUUGCUUACUGACCCCAAAUAAAAACACAAUAUUACAUAUCCACCUUACCUCCCGAAGUGAAAGAAAAAUUGAGUUUAUAAAAGGGGUACUCGACAUUCGUUUGUCACUGUUAUGGAAGGUCAAUGACCAUGGUGACACUCCGUUGCACAUUGCAGCAAGAUACGGGCAUGUUGAUGCAGCAAGAGAGUUAAUUGCAAAGGCUUCAGCAGAUGGUGACAAAGAUAUAGAGAGCGGAAAACAGCCAAGAGUUAAGGUAUUGGAGAUGUUAAGGAUGAAAAAUAAAAAUAAUGAUACGGCCUUGCAUGAGGCAACACGAAAUAGAAGUCUGCAUGAGGCGAGACAAAAAAGACGUCUGGGUGUUGUGAAAGAAAUAUUGAGAAAUGAAGAGCCUGAUGAUGAGUAUAAAUAUUCGGCCAAUGAUUGUGGGGAGACUCCGCUUUACCUAGCUGCUGAUAAUGGAUGUGGAGAAAUAGUCCUUGAACUAUUAGGAAGUCCCAAAUUAAAAUCGCUGGCUUAUGACGGCCCCAAUGGUAAAACGGCAUUACAUGCGGCAGCAAUGAACUGGAACAUACGUAGAGUGACUAUUAUAGAGAAGUUAUUGGCGAAAUGGAGUAGCUUGGCUAAAAAUAUAGAUGAAGAAGGAUGGACUCCACUCCACUAUGCUGCGUAUAAACAUCGUACUUCAGUGGUCAAAAGGCUAUUAGUUGAGGAUGAAUCUUGUGCUUAUGUUGCAGAUAAAAAAUGGAAGAGGACAGCUCUUCACAUUGCAGCCUGUAGAGGCUUCGAAGAUACAGUGGAAACAAUCAUUUCUAAAUGCCCAAGUUGCUGCGAACUUACUGACAUUAGAGGCUGGAAUGUUCUUCACUAUGCAGUGAUCAGCAAAAAUGAUGAAGUAAUAAAAGCAGUGCUCCGUCAAGGUUCAUCAUUUAUUUACCUUUUAGAUGGGAAAGAUGUUAAAGGGAAUACGCCUAUCCAUCUAUAUAGGGCUUAUCAUCCUGAAUUCUGUGUUCCUUCUUUCAUAAAAGAAGGAGAGACUGAAGAAAAUCAAAAAGGAGAAGGAGAUGCUGAAAUGUUCAAGUUUUGGAGAAAACUGGACCAUAAAAUUCAAUUCUCAGGAAGCUUAUCCUCAAAGAAGAAAGAAAAUUUAAAAUUGAUGAAAGACCUUGGCACUGGACCACUGGGGAAAAUUGAUCCACAGAAGGAAUUUCUGAAGGAAAAAGAAGAAAAGAGGAAAAAAUAUAUGGCAAAAAAAUUUGAACAAGUCAAAGAGUCUCAUUUGGUGGCUGCGAUACUUGUCGCAACAGUAGCCUUUGCUGCAGCGUUCACUUCACCUGGCGGUUAUAUAAGUGAUGAAAAUAAUUUGAAAAAGGGGACUGCAAUCCUAAGCAGAAAUCCAGCUUUUAAAUUAUUUUUCAUAUCAGAUACUAUAGCUAUGGUCUUUUCUGCUUGUUCUGUCUUUGCUCACAUUAUGCUGGGGAUAUUAGGAUAUCAGGAAAGAUAUUACUGGUUGAUAAGAUAUGCAUUCAAUUUCCUCUUCUAUGCUAUGGUAGCAAUGAUGAUUACAUUUGUGGCAGGCACCUAUGCAUUUUUAUCCCAUUCCUUUGGGAUUGUUAUUUGCGUCAUCGGAUUGUUCUUCUUCCUCUUCUUAUUUUAUUCGAUCACAAGGGUAACAUGGAAUUUAUUUUCUCCAAAUAAUGAUGGUGAUGUCCUUUCAAAUGACUUUUGGAAAGAUAAGGAUGACUACGGCAACAACAAUCGUGUCAAAUUUAAAGAUGAAAUAAAAAUUUUGUCGUGGACGACUGGCGUAGUUUUUUGGUUGGGUAUCUUCUUCAUUGUCUUUGAUUUUGGGGCUCAACAAUUGAUUAAAAAGCUUAGGGAGUCGCUGAAGAAGUAA